AUGUUCUGCUGCUUCAGGCCCUCUAGAGCGGCCAGAGAUGAAAUAGGUGUCAAGCACUCUGAUUCGGACGGGGCUGGGGAGCAGUUCAAGGGCAGCAAGAGCAGCAGCGGCGGCGCGGCUGUCGGCGGGCCACAGCUCAAGCAGCAGCCGCGCCCCCCGAGUCAGGGUGUCCAACAGCAGCAGCAGCAACACCAGCAGCACCAGCACCAGCACCAGCACCAGCAACAGCAGGAGGAGCACCAGCAACGGCUGCAGCAGCUGCUGCACCAAAAGCCAGAGCAGGAGGAGCAGCAGCACCAGCAGCACCAGCAGCACCAGCAGCACCAGCAGCACCAGCAGCAGCAGCCGGAGGAGCCACAGCUGCAUCCUCAGCAGGACCACCUCCAGUUGCGGCAGCAGAGCGGCCGCCGCCUCAAUGACGAGGUGCUUGUGUCCUCACAAGACCAGCGGCCGGUGGAGGGCGCCCCUUCCACCUCGUCCAACGGCCACCCCAAGCACACACGCCACCAAACCGUCUACGCCAACGACGCCAACGGCCCUCGGGCCGACGAGGCGGAAGGCGAAAGCGAGGGCGAGGGUGUGGCGGAGCGGGCGCACGGCAGCGGCAGCGGGACCGAGCUUGUCAGCGGGGCCGAGGGUGACGGCCACUCGUCGCGGCGGAGGCCGUCGCGAGCCUCGUCGCAGCGCAACCUGAAGCCCAAAUAUAAGGUGGCUUUUGAGGAGCUGGUGUUCCAUGAGACCAUCGGCAAGGGCAGCUACAAGACGGUGUACCGCGGCCGCUGGGCCAACACCAACGUUGCGAUCGUGCGCAUGCGCAAGGGCGGCGCUGUCACAGAGGCGCGCAUGAUGCAGCAGCUGAGCGGGCACCCCAACCUAGUCCAAUUUUACAGGUGGGCUGCGGACGCGUCUGGCAAUGAGUACGUGGUGAUGGAGCUGGUGCCCCUGGGGUCGCUGGACAAGAUGCUCGCGCAGUUUGGGCCCUUCCUGCGCACUAGCGCCAAGUUCCAGAUGUGCGAACAGAUUGCGUCGGCAAUGGCGGCUCUGGCGCGGGAGGGCGUGCUGCACCGGGACCUGGCGGUCCGCAACGUGCUGGUGGCGUCCAUUGACCCUGUGCACGUCAAGGUGGCCGACUUUGGCCUGGCGCGCGAGACCUACGCCACCUCUCAGCGCGCGCUGCUCGAGAGCCUGCCCGUCCGCUGGACGCCGCCAGAGGUGGUGCUGCGGCAGGAGUGGAGCCCCGCCAGCGACGUCUGGGCCUUUGGGGUCACCAUGUGGGAGAUAUUCUCAAACGGCUGCGAGCCGUAUGCGAGCCUCACGAACGAGCAGGUCGUGCGCGCCCUGCUGAGCGGCACGCGCCUGGAGCGGCCGGCCAAGUGCCCCCGCGAGGUGUUUGCCCUGAUGGCGGCCUGCUGGGCCACAGACCCCCGGGACCGCCCCUCCUUUGACGCAAUCAUCGAGCGAUUCGGGCGCCUGCGCGACGCAGCGCGCGGCGCUGGCGUGCAGCCUGCGUCGGGGGUCAGCGAGGACGGCAGCGCACAGACGCAAAGCAGCGCCGGCUCUGCCGCGUCCGCCGUCGCCGCCGCCGCCACCGCAGCCGUGGCAGCCGCCAGACCGCCCAGCAUCCCCAGGGGCCAGCCAGGCGCGCCAGGCGCGCCGCCGCCGGCUGCCGGUGGCGGGGAACGCGCAGCGGCAGGCGGCGCGGCAGCGACGGCGGCAGCGGCGAUGGGCGGUGGCAGGGUGCACAGCGCUCCCAGCGCGCUGCUGGACCCGGCCCCGACCACCGGGGCCGCAGCCACCGGGCUUGCUGAUGCGGCCGGGGCCGAUGCUGGCGACGCCGUGGCGCUCCUGCAGCCAGGCGCGCCCGAAGCCGCUCUUGUGACGCCCUUGCCGCCCGCCAGCGACGAAGGGCGCCACGCGCGCCGCCAGGCCGGCAGAGGCUCCGGCAACGUUGGCGGCGGCGGCGGCGGGUCCGCCCCCCUGGCUUGGAAGUCUAUCAAUGAAGCGAUGGCCCAGAUGGUAGCUAUGCCGCCGCCACCCGGCACGGCGGCGCACCACGCGCCAGCCGUGCCUGCAGACUUGAUCGCGCAAUUCGCCGCGCAGACAUCGCCUGGCCCGGCGGGGGGGACGCAGGUCGGGGCGGCGACAGCCACGGGACAGCUGGCGUCGGCUGGGGAGCGCUCUGCAGGAGAGGGUCAGGAGGACAGCAGCAGCGCGGGAAGGCAGCCAUCCACAGCCGCAGCGGUGCCAGACGAGUCCCCCAGCGGAUCCCCCAGCGGGUCCCCCAGCGGUGCCGCAUGGCGCAGCCGCAACCGCGGCAGCGACGGCGGCAGCGGGCGGAGCUCGCAGGAAGGGGCUGCUGAUGGGGGCCUUGCGCUCCUGGAGCCUGUGGUGGUUGCAGCCGAGCUGAGCAAGCACGGCGACGCGCCGCCCGGCAGCGGCGCCGGCGGCGCUGGUGGCGCCGGCGCCGACCCCCUCGACUGGGCCGCGCCCUCUUUGGACGACGCCGUGACCAGCGGCGGCGCCGGCAUGAGCGUGACCAUCAGCGCCAGCGGCAUCCGCGCCGCGGGCGGCGCCGGGCUUGAGUGGGACCGAGAUGGGCGGGGGCCAUCUCACACGCAGGUCGACCUGGGCUCCUCGCAGAGCCGGUUUGAGCUUGCACCCCUGCAGCGCCACGGCCACGGGCAGGGCCCGCACGCCCGGCAGUUUGAGUUUACACCUGCUCAGCGGCUUGUCGGCCUGCAUGACGCCUCACGCACUGCCAACGCCACGGCGGCGGCAAUGAGCGGAACUGGGGCGGCGGACGCAGUUGGCGGGCCGGCGCAGAGGUUGUGGCAGCCGACGGCGGCAAAAGACGGUGAGCAGCUACGGCAGCAGCAGCAGCAGCAGCAGCAGCAGCUGCAGCAGCAGCAGCAGCAGCAGCAGCAGCAGCAGCAGCAGCGACACAAAACUCAUUACAAUAAUUGGCAGCAGCAGGGUGGCAACGAGCAGGAUGAAGGUGAUGAGAGCACAGACGAGGAAGGCAGCAAAGCAGUACCUGAGGGUCCCGACAAGAGCCGCCCCUGGGAGGUCGCAGCGGCAGUGCCCAGGGAGCGGGGUGGCCGCCAGAUUGAGGGCGAGGGGGUUGGUGUCGAUGGUGGUGAAACGAGCGACGACCAAGGAUACGAGGAAGAUGAGGAGGACGCAGCCGUCCGUGGCGCCGAAGGCGGCGACACAGUGGACGCCUCCGCGCCGUCUUGCAGCUACCCUGCGGCGCGGCGCGGCGCCGCUGCCGCCCUCGCCGCGGACGCGGCGCGCGGCGGGCCGGCCGCAGCGGGCCUCGGCCGCGCGCGUGCGCUGCAGCUGCAGCAGCUGCACGCACAACUCCAGGCGCAACAGCAGCGGGCGGCGGCUGCGGGCGGCGGGCAGGCGGGGAGGCCGCCGGCGGGGCUGGGGGUGGGGCCGUACGGUUUGCUGGGUGGUCUGGAUGAGGCGGAGGAGACUGCGGCCCACCUGACAUUUACGCAGGAGCAGAUCAUAGACCCCAGGGAGCACAGCUUCUCGAUGUCGACGCUGAGCACUAUGGAGUCAUUCGACGCCGUCAGCAUGGCGCACCGCGGCGUGGAGCCCACCACCAUGGGCGCCUUUGCCCUGCCAUGGCGUGGCCCCAGUCCGGGCGCGUCCCUCAUGCAGUCCCCCAUCGUCACCCCCGCGGCCUCGCGCGACACGUCUUACACGACCGUGUCGCGCGAGCCAUCCGACACGCCCGCCCCGUCCCCGGCGGCGUCACGCCUGUCGCUGCACACCGCGGCGAGCGGCUCGCCCGCCCGGCCUGGCGGCGUGCCCGGCGGCGGCGGCGCGGCGGGGGGGGCCGCAAGCAUUGGCAGCAACAGCGGCUCGCCUGCACAGAAGCAGCGGUGGGAGCAGCGUGGGGGCCUGCAGUGGCAGGUGGAGCAGGAGCACGAGGGCAGCCCGCCAGCGAGGUCACCCGGCGCGCUGGCGCCCGUGCUGGAGCAGGGGCACGCGCCGCGGCGCGCGCUUGGAGGCGACGAGGCGGCCUCGCCGCGGCCGGGAAGGCAGCACGCCGGCGUCAGCGUCCCGCCUUCGCCCGGCCGCGCCGCCGGCGCGGCGUCCGCGGCAGCGCCCACGGCUGCGCAGCAGCACCCAGGGCUCGUGCCUGCUGGCUCGGCCGCAGACGCCGGGAGCCGCUGCCGGCUGCCGGCUGACGCGAGCCGCGUCCACAGAAGCGGCGGCGGCAUGAGCAGCCCUUAUGCCAACAUUCAGGACAUCAUGUUCAAUGCAGCCGCGCAC